CCCCCGAUCCCCUGCCCCCCUGGCCCGACCAUGUCCCGGGAGGAAGCGGGUGCCGAUCCGGGUGGGGAGCCCGGCGACCCGACCGGGAAAGAACUCAACGAGCUGCCGGACGACUCCCCGCUGCUGAAGCCCGCCCUCGCCGACCUCCGGCGCCGGGCCGCCGCCGCCCGCGGUCAGAACUGGCCCGGGCCCCUCACCGACUCCUUCCUCCUCCGCUUCCUAAGGGCCCGGGACUUCCACCUCGACCAAGCUUGGAAGCUAAUGAAAAACUAUCACAAAUGGAGAGCCGAAUGCCCGGAAAUCAGUGCGGACCUCCGACCAGCGACCAUUCUUGGCCUGCUUCGGGCUGGUUACCAUGGAGUCCUGAGGUCCAGAGACCAGACCGGCAGUAGAGUUCUCAUUUACAGAAUUGCACAGUGGGAUCCCAAGGAAUUCUCUGCCUAUGACGUGUUCCGGGUGAGUCUCAUCACCUCCGAGCUCAUCGUGAAGGAAGUGGAGACCCAGCGGAACGGAAUCAAGGCUAUCUUUGAUCUCGAAGGGUGGCAGUUUGCACACGCCUUCCAGAUCAGCCCCACGGUGGCCAAAAAGAUCGCUGCCGUGCUCACGGAUUCUUUUCCCCUAAAAGUCCGGGGCAUUCACUUGAUAAAUGAGCCUUUCUUCUUCCAUUCUGUUUUUACAAUGAUAAAGCCUUUCCUGACCGAAAAAAUAAAGCAGCGGAUUCACCUGCACGGGAACAAUUACGAACAAACCCUAACCCAGCACUUCCCAGACAUUCUCCCCGUGGAGUACGGCGGCGAAGAUUUCUCCAUGGAAGACCUCUGUAAGGAGUGGACAGACUUCAUAAUGAAGUCAGAAGAUUAUCUCCACAGCAUUUCUCAGAAGGUGGAGUGAGAAGAUGACUCGGAACAUUCAUUCGAUCGUAUUUAUUGAGCGCUUACUGUGUGCAGAGCACUGUACUGGGCGCUUGGAUCUGGGAAGUGCUGGGAUUGUGUCUCAGGGUGGGGCUUGCUAAUUGUGAACCCUGGCGAUGAAUGGUAAUCAGUCUAAUGUGAAAUUGCUUCCAGUAAGACCAGCGGGAAAGUGCCGGUGCGUGGCGGUGGAUGGAGGCGAUCCUUACAUUCCUGUGUUUUCGUGUUCCUCGGAGAUGGCUGCUCUGGAUUCUCCCCGAGGCCCCUGGGAAGGGACGUUAUUCUGCCUCCCCUGAGCACAGGGAAGAGGACCUUUAUCUCCACAGCUCGCUCAGAUUCCCUCAGAUUACUCGGUGGCUGCAGGACACUGAACUGGGAGCGACAGAGGUGGCGGAGGGCAUCCAGAAGAUGCUCGGCCUACACACCACCCACCUCCUGCUCCACUCUCACUUCAGACCGAGUCUCAUCCCUUCUUUCUGGGCCUACCCACUUUCCUCUACUCGAUCCCAGCAGUGUGUUUCUCUUUCUUUCCCCUGCCUUUCCCCCCGACGCGCUCAAAGGUAGCCAUCCCGCCUGGCUGCUCCAGCUGGCUAUUACUAGGCAGAGGAGGAGUUGCGAUAGUGGGAGGGGAGAAUUCGUCUCAGAAGGAUGAGAACAUGUGGCGGAACUGGAGAGAGAGAGAGAAAGACGAGAGAGAGAAAGAAAGAAAAAAAUACAGAUUAACCACUAGCCUUGUGUGCAAGACCUGGGUAGCCCGGAUGGCCUACGUGGGGAAUUUUUGGAGUGAGAUACCUUCGUAAGCAGCAGUCGGGCUGCCAUUGAGCUCGAUACCAGGUAAAAACAGCAUUCCCCAGUGGAUAAAACAUGGGUCUGGGAGUCAGAAGGACUGGAGUUGUAAUCCCAUCUCUGCCACUUGUCGGCUAUGUGA